GGUGCGUCCAGUCCCGCCCUCGUGGGAUCCCUCCUGUGACGUGGGGAAAAGUUCACUUUUCCUUCCCCAGCUGGACGUGACCUCGGGUGAACACCGAGCCGCGGCGGAGGCAGAUGUCGGAGAUCGUCCCCGCAGUGAAACACGCGCUGACCGGGGACAGAAAGACAGCAGCGGCGAGCCGCUCGGACCGCGCCAUGGCGAGGAGGUCAAAUCCACGCUGCUUCGCCGUGUUCCUCUCUGCGGCGAUCACGGCCAUCGUGGCCGCCGGGAGUCCGGUCGGCGCUCAGCAUUUCACGGGGCGGCUGCAGCGUCUUACCAGGACUUCUGAUCCUGUGGUGAUACCGGUUCGCAUUUCAAGGGUUUAUCUGAGCCAGGACCAGCUCAGGCGGCUGCAUUUUAAGCCCACCAUUGGCUCUAUCCAGCUGUCUGAGGGCCAUGAGGCUAAAUUCAACUGCUCCAUCGACAUCCCAGAUGCCAGGCUGGAGCCCACCAUCCUCUGGGUUAAGAACGGCGCCGACCUGGCGGGGAACACACAGGUGGUCAUCAAUGAGCUUCAGACCGUCACGAACGGGGUCAUAACGCUCCUGUCCACUGUCGGCAUCAACCACGUGCAGCGAGGGGAUGCCGGCAACUACAGCUGCAGACUGACCAUCAGCACCACGACGGUGGAGUCUCAGCCCGUCACAAUCGAGGUGGAAGGUCUGCCGACAUUUAUCCAUCAGCCGGAGCACAGGAAUGUAACGAGAAACGCGCCUUUCACAUUGUCGUGCGAUGCGGUCGGACCUCCGGACCCCGUUCGAAUCCGCUGGCUCCGCGAUGGGUUGCAUUAUCGAGACUGUCAGAACUCCAGCAGCAGCUGCUCUGUGUCAGGUGUGGACAAGUACACUCAGUUCAGUUGUGAAGCUCACAACUCGAAGGGUGUCACCACUUCCAGAGAAGCAAAUAUCAACAUCAAAGUGCUUCCCGGGCCGGUAUCUGAUGUUGCCGUGACGGAGAGGCAACCCAAUAAGUUACUGUUGAGCUGGAGCCCCGGACAUGAUGGUUUCUCUCCACUAACCAAGUGCCACAUCAGGGUGAAGGAGGUGAGCCGGAGGAAAGGGGAAGUGACGACCACCAGGUUCGUUAAUGCCACAGUGCCGCCAUUUCAGUGUGAAGUCCCCGGGCUGCAGGCGAUGACGUGGUACAACGUGAGCGUUUCGUGCAGCAAUGAGGUGGGAGCUUCUCCGGUCACCACGUGGAUCCAGAGCAACACCACAGAGGGAGUUCCAUCAGUUUAUCCCCGAAACGUCACUGCACAGCUGAAUGAGUCUUGGCUGGUGAUCAGGUGGAAACCUCCUCCAGAUGAUAAGAUAAAUGGCAUCCUGAGUGGCUACGAUGUUAUUGUCAGACAUGGCGAAAAGGAGAACAAGAUCCACAGUUACAACACCGUGGCCUUUGUAGAUGUGCAGGAAUUCAACACGACCUACAGUGUGGAGGUGGCUGCGUGCACGCAGGCUGGGAGCGGCAUGGUCAGCCCACGAGUCUGGCUGUUUGUGCCAGCGGACAAAUCGGUGGUGCCCCCAUCGUCCAGCCCUGGCACCAGGGCUCCAGACUCCUCCACUGUUGUGGUGGUCGUGGUGGUUAGCAUCGCUGUCCUGCUGAUUAUCAUCCCUGGAGCCAUCUAUUUCCGCAACAGGACUUCUACAUCUUGGUUUGGGCGGUUGUUCGAAGGUGAAAAGCAGCAGCCUUUCGUGCAGUACAACACCCAGAGGUCCUACAACCGAUCAGCCAUAGGAGUCACAUUUGUGAACCUCGGUGUUAGUGAGGAACUCCAGGCCAAGCUUCAGGACGUGAUGGUCGCGAGGAAUUUGCUCACCAUAGGGAAGAUUCUUGGAGAGGGUGAAUUUGGCUCUGUGAUGGAGGGACAUUUGAGACGACCAGAUGGAACAUCGGAGAGAGUUGCUGUAAAGACAAUGAAACUGGACAGCUUCUCUCAAAGGGAGAUUGACGAAUUCCUGAAUGAGGCGGCCUGCAUGAAGGAUUUUGAUCAUCUUAAUGUCAUCAAAUUGCUCGGUGUGUGCAUGGAAGAAGGCGCAGGACAUUUUCCCAAGCCGAUGGUCAUCCUGCCGUACAUGUCGCACGGCGAUCUUCACAGCUUCUUGCUGCGCUCACGCCUGGGAGAAAGUCCAGCCUUCUUGCCCACUCAGACACUUCUGAAGUUCAUGGUCGACAUCGCUUUGGGUAUGGAGUAUCUCAGUGGUCGGAACUUUCUGCACCGUGACCUGGCGGCUCGCAACUGCAUGCUGCGGGACGACCUGACUGUGUGUGUAGCAGACUUUGGUCUAUCGAAGAAGAUCUACAGUGGAGAUUAUUACAGGCAGGGGAGAAUAGCCAAAAUGCCUGUAAAAUGGAUUGCAGUCGAGAGUCUGGCAGACAGAGUUUUUACCAUAAAGAGUGAUGUGUGGGCAUUUGGCGUUACCAUGUGGGAGAUUGCUACACGAGGCAUGACGCCGUACCCCGGCAUCCAGAACCAUGAAAUUUACGACUACCUUUAUGAAGGAAACCGACUGAAGCAGCCAGGAGACUGUUUGGAUGAGCUGUACGAGCUCAUGUACAGCUGCUGGAGGACCGAUCCGCUCGACCGUCCCUCCUUUCCCCAGCUGCGAGAAAUGUUGGAAAAGCUCACAGAAAAGCUGCCGGAGUCUUUCAGCAAGGACGACAUCAUCUAUAUCAACACCAGCUUUCCUGAAGAGGACGCAAACGGAGCGACAUCUGCACAGCAUCCUAGAUUUAGCUUGUCGCCUUCCUGCAGCCAUCAGGCAGCAGAGAAUUCCGUGGUCAUUGCGGACAUUCACGGGAACCUGGAGGAUGAGGACGAUGAGGACGAUGACCGUUAUGUGGUGGUGACGUCCUCUGAUGCUUCCGUGAGGUCUGCUACAGUGAACACUCCUCUUCUGUCGAGUGAUGCUUUUAGUCAAGCAAAUGAGGCGACGGAUUCGACGGCUGUGGAUCACAGCUCAAGGAACGAUUCUUUCCUGCUCUGACGAUUGGUACCUGUAAUAAAACUAUCACCCUGGUUUGCAGUACAUUGCACUGCAAGCACCUCGACAUGUCCUGAUGAUAAACACUUUGUGCCACACAUGGGCAGCUUACAUCUCAGUGUUACGAGUGAUGUCUGCGUGUCAACAUCCAACAUGUUUGUGCACGUUCCAUAAGCUCAAGAUGUACUCAACUGUGAAAUUGUUUACUGUAUUGGAUUUUUUGUGUUCCAAUGUAAAUAUAGAAAUAUGCAGAUUUGUAAAGUGAUCUUAUAUACUGUAGAGAAAUACAUGAUUUUCCUCAAGA